ACUCCCGUCCCUGUUCAUCAUGGCUGCCGUAUGUGCUAGUCUGCACAGUAACGCUCUGCUCGGAGACUGACUCUCCGCUCCUUUAGUGCCUCACAUUUACUGUCUCCAUCCUCGACAUUUCGGCAAACAAUCCCGCUUGCAUGAGCCCAAACCUCCCUGGUUGUGUUGUCUCAUAAUAACGAGCCUUCAUCAAGCAUUUCGUCGGGCCUUAAACACCCCCUUAAAAAGACAGAGAGAAAAACAGGCAACAUUUUAUUUCUCCAAUGGUCUGAAUACACUUUCCGCCUUUAUGAACCAUGUGUGAGAACUGCGCCGAGCUGCUGGAGGUGCUCAAUGAGAUCUCGGAUGCAGACAGCUCAGACGGCCUGCAGCUGAAGAAGGAGCAUGCCUUAAGAGUCUUCACUUACAUCAGCACAUGGACACAGAGGCAGUGUCUGUGCUGUUUCAAGGAAUACAAACACCUCGAGGUGUUCAGCCAACUGGUUUAUGCCCUCAUUAACUUGGUCAUUGCCCAAGUAACCAACCUUAGGGACCGUCUACGCAGUGGCCAUGGCAACACUAGGACUGAGGGGGCGGAGUCUGAAUGGGGCUCCGCCCAGCCACAGCCAUCGCCCAGUGAGGACGAGCCACUGAAUGUGGAACGGGACUCGGCUGAAGAAGAUGGUGGAGUGGAGGAUGGAGAUCAGCACAAGAACCAAAAUCAGGGGGUCAAACCGGAUACCCAGCCCAAGCUCAGUGAACCCGCGGCGGGCGAGAGCGGGAACGAGAGCAGCCUGGACCCGUUUGCAUCCUGGAGCACAGAAGACCAGGAGAAACUGCUGCUGUGCGCUGCCAAGAUCUUUCAGAUCCAGUUCCCCCUGUACACGGCCUAUAAACACAACACACACCCCACUAUAGAGGAUAUCUCGGCUCAAGAGAGCAAUAUCCUUGGCUCUUUCUGUGAUAUGAAUGAUGUGGAGGUCCCUCUGCACCUGCUGCGAUAUGUGUGUAUGUUCUGCGGGAAGCACGGCCUCUCUCUGAUGAAGGACUGCUUUGAGUUCGGCGCUCCUGACACUCUCCCCUUCCCCAUCGCACAUGCCUUCAUCACCAUCGUCUCUAACAUCAGAAUAUGGCUGCACAUUCCCGCUGUGAUGCAGCACAUCAUCCCUUUUCGCACUUACGUUAUCAGGUAUCUGUGUAAGUUGUCGGAUCAGGAGCUGCGUCAGAGCGCGGCACGUAACAUGGCCGAUCUGAUGUGGAGCACGGUGAAGGAGCCGCUGGACAGCGCGCUGUGUUUUGACAGAGAGAGUUUGGAUCUGGCAUUUAAAUACUUCAUGAGUCCAACGCUCACCAUGAGGCUGGCCGGCUUGAGCCAGAUCACGAAUCAGCUGCACACCUUCAAUGACGUCUGUAAUAACGAGUCCCUGGUGUCUGAUACUGAGACGUCGAUAGCGAAGGAACUCGCUGACUGGCUCAUCAACAACAAUGUUGUGGAGCACAUAUUUGGACCAAAUUUGCACAUUGAGAUCAUUAAACAGUGCCAAGUGAUCCUGAACUUCCUAGCAGCCGAGGGCAGGCUGAGCACUCAACAUGUGGACUGUAUAUGGGCCGCUGCUCAGCUGAAACACUGCAGUCGCUACAUCCAUGACCUGUUCCCCUCGCUCAUAAAGAACCUAGACCCUGUUCCUCUGCGGCACGUGCUCAGUCUGGUGUCAGGGUUACACCCCAGCGCACACACCGAACAGACGCUGUAUUUGGCAUCCAUGCUGAUCAAGGCCUUGUGGAAUAACGCUCUGGCAGCCAAAACUCAGCUGUCCAAACAGAGCUCCUUCGCCUCCCUGCUCAACACCAACAUUCCCAUGGGCAACAAGAAAGGUUCUCCUGCAGGAAGCCCGGAGAGCAGUGACAACAGCGACACGCAUCACAGUGGAGGAAGUGACAUGGAGAUGGACGAGCCAAUCAUGAGCAGUGGAAAACGAGGGCAGCAGAGGCUAUCGGACACGGAGGAGUCUCUGCAGGGCAGCUCAGACGAGACGGCCAACAGUGGCGAGGAGGGCAGCAGCAGCGGCCGCAGCGAGGCGUCCAGCAACGAGGCUGGAUCCAGUCGAGCCAGCCAAUCAGCAGGCAGCCCGGGCAGCGAGCUGCACUCCGACGACAUGGCCGACAGCGAGGCCCUGAAGGAAGAGGAAGAGGAGGAGGAAGAAGAAGAGGACGACGACGAGGAUGACGAAGAUGAUGAUGAGGACGAUGAAGACGACAGGCCCGCCAUUGCCUCCGAGGGCAGCCCUCAGAAAGAAACCCGAGACACAAGGGAGCCGUCUACAUCAGAGCUGCGCAAACGCAAAGCCGGCGAAGCGCUCGGAGAGGUCCAGAGUCCUCCGGAGCGACCUGGAAUUCCACCCGGCAUUCCCGGCUCCAUCGCCUCCGCUCCCGGACUUUCCAAAACCAAAUCCAUUCCCUUCACCCCUGAGGCAGCUGCUGCCAUGGUAGCUUCGUCUUCCCUUAGGAUCCACGAACCUUGCUCUUCUUCAUCCGUGUGCCUGGAGGGAACGUCGGGAGAGCAGGCUGAUCCCUCCUCACAUUCCCAAUCCCAGAACCCCCAGCAACCACAGCAGGGCGGCACAGAGAUGGGCUCCUCACACGGAGCAUCUGUUUCCCAGGAGCCGCCCUGCUUGCCUCGACCGGCGGACUUCCUGGCGGAGGCCAUGGGCAACGAGCUCUUCAACUGCAGGCGUUUCAUCAGCCCUCAGCAUCACCAUCAUCAUCACCACCAUCAUCAUCAUCACCACCACCAUGAUGGUCACAUGGUAGAGGACAUGCUGAGCGCAGAUGACGUGAGCUGCAGCAGUUCCCAAGUCAGCGCCAAAUCCGAGAAGAACAUGGCAGAUUUUGAUGGGGAGGAGUCCGGCUGCGAGGAGGAGCUGGUCCAGAUCAACUCGCACGCUGAGCUCAGCUCACACCUGCAGCAGCAUCUGCCCAACCUGGCCUCCAUAUACCACGAACAUCUGGUGCAAGGUCCAGCAGUGCACAAACAUCAGUACUCUGCGCACGCGGUGACCGACAUCAACCUGGACAACGUCUGUAAGAAAGGAAACACCCUUCUGUGGGACCUGGUCCAGGACGACAAUGCGAUCCACCUAUCAGAAGGCUUGAUCAAUGAGGCAGAGAAGCUGUUGUGUUCUCUGGUCUGCUGGUUCACUGACCGUCAGAUCCGCAUGCGUUUCAUCGAGGGCUGUCUGGAGAACCUCGCCAACCACCGGUCAGUGGUGGUGUCUUUGCGUUUGCUGCCAAAGCUCUUUGGGACCUUCCAGCAGUUCGGCUCCAGCUACGACACUCAUUGGAUAACCAUGUGGGCGGAAAAGGAGCUGCACAUGAUGAAGCUCUUUUUUGAUGAUCUGUUACACUAUAUCCAGGAAGUGAGAGAGCAGCGCCACAAAUUCGCUUUGUAUAGUCACAGUGCAGAGGUGCAGGUGCGUCUGCAGUUCCUCACCUGUGUGUUCUCAACGCUCGGAUCACCUGACCACUUCAGGUUGAGUCUGGAGCAGGUGGACAUCCUGUGGCACUGUUUAGUGGAGGACUCUGAGUGUUACGACGACGCCCUGCACUGGUUCCUAAACCAGGUCCGCAGUAAAGACCAACACGCCAUGGGCAUGGAGACAUACAAACAUCUCUUCCUGGAGAAGAUGCCUCAGCUGAAGCCAGAGACGAUCAGCAUGACGGGACUCAAUUUGUUUCAGCAUCUGUGUAAUCUGGCUCGGCUGGCCACCAGCGCCUACGACAGCAGCUCCAACUGCGAGUUGUGUGGUAUGGAUCAGCUGUGGGGAAUCGCGCUGAGGGCUCAGUCUGCAGAUAUCAGCCGUGCUGCCAUCCAGUACAUCAACUCCUAUUACAUCAGCGGUAAAACGGGUCUGGAGAAGGAGCAGGAGUUCAUCAGUAAGUGUAUGGAGAGCUUGAUGAUGGCGUCUGCUAACCUGGAGAAAGACGCCCACUCCAGCCUGACCAUCAUAGAGAGAGGACUGCUGCUGCUCAAAACACACCUGGAGGCCUUCAGACGCAGGUUUGCGUAUCACCUGCGGCAAUGGCAGAUCGAGGGCACGGGCAUCAGCAGUCAUCUGAAAGCUCUCAGUGAUAAACAGUCUCUUCCGCUCAGGAUCGUGUGUCAGCCAGCAGGACUGCCUGACAAGAUGACCAUUGAGAUGUACCCCAGCGAUCAGGUGGCUGAUCUGAGGGCAGAGGUCACGCACUGGUACGAGAACCUUCAGAAGGAUCAGCUCAGCCAGCAGGCACAGCUGCAGGAGUUUGGUCAGACCAGCCGCCAGCAGGACUUCCCAGGUGGUCUGAUGGGUCCGGUGCGCAUGAUCUCAUCAGGACACGAGCUGACCACAGACUAUGAUGAGAAGACCCUUCACGAGCUCGGCUUCAAGGACAUGCAGAUGGUGUUCGUGUCUCUGGGCGCUCCGCGGAGGGAGAGGAAGGGCGAGGGAGUCCAGCUGCCGGCGUCGUGUCUGCCGCCCCCUCAGAAGGAGCACAUCCCCAUGCUGCUGCUCCUGCAGGAGCCCCACCUCACCACCCUCUUCGACCUGCUGGAGAUGCUGGCCUGCUUCAAACCACCCAGCCCCGACAGACCCCAGCACAGCACUGAGAGUGUCCGCUGUGAGGAGCUGCACCUCCACGCGGAGAAUCUGUCUCGCCGAGUGUGGGAGCUGCUCAUGCUGCUGCCCACGUGUCCCAGCAUGCUCCAGGCCUUCCAGAACAUCUCCGAUGACACGGGAUCUGACGGUUUGUGCUGGAAGGAUCUGUUGAGGAUCAAGAGCCCUCAUAAGCUGCUCUACGCUUUAGAAAUCAUAGAGGCCCUCGGCAAACCCAACCGCAGGAUUCACCGCGAGUCUACGGGCAGUUACAGUGAUCUGUAUCCAGACUCUGACGAUUCCAGUGAGGAGCAGAUCGAGAACAGCAAGAACACUUGGAGUUGUAAGUUUGUGUCGUCUGGAGGUCUUCAGCUUCUGCUGGACAUUUUUAACUCUGCAAUUUUAGAGCCGAAAGAACAAGAAUCCUGGACUGUGUGGUUGUUGGACUGUCUCGCUUGUCUGCUGAAGCUCAUUUGUCAGUUCGCGGUGGAUCCGGCCGAUCUGGACCUGGCCUAUCAUGAUGUUUUCGCCUGGUCUGGUCUCACGGACACACAGAGGAAGAGGGCGUGGCCAGGGAAGUCCCGCAAAACCGCCGGGGAUCAUGGGAAGGGCCUGCAUAUACCUCGUCUUACAGAGGUUUUCCUAAGUCUUGUGCAAGGCACCAAUCUCAUCCAGCGGCUCAUCAACGUGGCCUACACAUACGACAAUCUGGCGCACAGGGUUUUGAAGGCCCAAUCAGAUCACAGAUCCAGACACGAGGUGACUCAUUACUCCAUGUGGCUGCUGGUGAGCUGGGCUCACUGCUGUUCUCUGGUCAAAUCCAGCCUGGCUGAUAGUGAACAUCUGCACGACUGGCUCAAGAAGCUCACGCUGCUCAUACCUGAGAUGGCGGUGCGUCAGGAGGCGUGCAGUGGUCUGUAUAAGCUGUCUCUGUCAGGUCUGGAGGGAGGAGAAUCCAUCAAUAGAUCCUUCCUGCUGCUCGCUGCGUCCACACUGCUCAAGUUCCUGCCAGACGCACAAGCGCUUAAACCCCUGAGAGUAGAGGAUUUUGAGGAGGAGGCCAUGUUUCGCACCGGCUGUAAGGAGUAUUUCUGGCUGCUCUGUAAACUCAUUGACAACAUCCACGUGAAAGACGCCACUCAGACCACCCUGCUGGACCUGGACGCCCUGGCGCGACACCUUGCCGACUGCAUCCGCAGUCGUGAGAUUUUGGACCAGCAGGACGGGGCGAUCGAGGACGACGGUCUGACGGGUCUCCUGCGUCUGGCCACCAGCGUCCUGAAGCACAAGCCUCCCUUUAAGUUCUCUCGGGAGGGUCAGGAGUUCCUCAGGGACACGUAUGACCUGCUGUUCCUGCUGCCCAGCCUGAAGGACCGACAGCAGCCCAAAUGCAAGAGUCCCGCGGCCCGCGCCGCAGCCUACGACCUGCUGGUGGAGGUGGUCAAGGGUUCGGUGGAGAACUACAGACUGCUGCACAACUGGGUCAUGUCGCAGCACAUGCAGGCGUCUCAUGCUCCAUAUAAAUGGGAUUACUGGCCCCAUGAUGAUGUCCGAGCCGAGUGUCGUUUUGUGGGAUUGACUAACCUGGGCGCCACGUGUUACCUGGCCUCCACCAUCCAGCAGCUCUACAUGAUCCCAGAGGCCAGACAGGCCGUCUUUACUGCUAAAUAUUCAGAGGACAUUAAGCAUAAGACCACAUUGCUGGAGCUGCAGAAGAUGUUCACGUAUCUAAUGGAGAGCGAGAGGAAGGCAUAUAACCCUCGUCCCUUCUGUAAGACCUACACAAUGGACAAACAGCCUCUGAACACAGGAGAGCAGAAAGACAUGACCGAGUUCUUCACAGACCUCAUCACCAAGAUAGAGGAGAUGUCUCAGGACCUGAAAAACACAGUCAAAACGCUUUUUGGAGGCGUCAUCACCAACAAUGUGGUUUCACUGGACUGUGAUCACGUGAGUCAGACGGCUGAGGAGUUUUACACAGUCAGAUGUCAGGUGGCCGAUAUGAAGAACAUCUAUGAGUCUCUGGACGAGGUGACCAUUAAGGACACUCUGGAGGGUGAUAACAUGUACACCUGCUCUCAGUGUGGGAAGAAAGUCCGCGCUGAAAAACGGGCUUGUUUUAAGAAGCUCCCGCGGAUCUUGAGCUUUAACACCAUGCGCUACACGUUCAACAUGGUGACCAUGAUGAAGGAAAAAGUAAACACGCACUUUUCUUUCCCGCUGCGGCUCGACAUGACGCCGUACACCGAGGACUUCCUCAUGGCCAAAGGAGACAGGAAGGAAGGUUUCCGUGACGACAGUGAUGCAAAAUUGGCGGAGAGUUACGAGUAUGACCUGAUCGGUGUGACGGUGCACACGGGCACGGCGGACGGCGGCCAUUAUUACAGCUUCAUCAGGGACAUCAUCAACCCACACGCUUACCGCAACAACAAAUGGUAUCUGUUUAACGACGCAGAGGUGAAGCCGUUCGAUUCGGCCCAGCUGGCCUCAGAGUGUUUUGGUGGAGAGAUGACAACAAAAACUUACGACUCUGUCACAGACAAGUUCAUGGAUUUCUCCUUUGAGAAGACCCACAGUGCCUACAUGCUGUUCUAUAAGAGAGUGGAGGUGGAGGAGGAGAAUGGGAAGGACUUUAACUUUGACAUUUCUCCUGACCUUCUGGAGUGGAUCUGGCACGACAACAUGCAGUUUCUCCAAGACAAGAACAUCUUUGAACACACAUACUUUGGUUUCAUGUGGCAGCUGUGCAGCAGUAUUCCCAGCACUUUACCGGAUCCCAAAUCCGUGUCGCUCAUGACGGCUAAGCUUAGCACAUCGUUUGUUCUGGAGACAUUCAUCCACUCCAAAGAAAAGCCCACAAUGCUGCAGUGGAUUGAACUCUUGACCAAACAAUUUAACAAUAGCCAAGCUGCCUGCGAGUGGUUUUUGGAUCAGAUGGCAGAUGAUAACUGGUGGCCAAUGCAGAUUCUCAUCAAGUGUCCCAAUCAGAUUGUACGUCAGAUGUUUCAGAGGUUGUGUAUUCACGUGAUCCAGCGUCUCAGACCGGUCCACGCUCACCUGUACCUGCAGCCGGGCAUGGAGGAUGGGUCUGACGAUAUGGACGGGCCGGUGGAGGACAUCGGCAGCCGCUCGUGUGUGACGCGGUUCGUGAAAACGCUGCUGUCAAUCAUGGAGCACGGAGUGAAGCCGCACAGCAAACAUCUGACCGAAUACUUUGCCUUUCUAUACGAGUUUGCCAAAAUGGGAGAAGAAGAGAGUCAGUUCCUCUUGUCUUUGCAAGCCAUUUCUAUAAUGGUGCAUUUCUACAUAGGCACUAAAGGACCUGAAAAUCCUCAGGUGGAGGUGUUGUCUGAGGAGGAGGAGGGUGAGGAGGAUGAAGAGGAGGAUAUCCUCUCAUUGGCAGAGGAGAAGUACCGUCCGGCUGCUCUGGAGAAGAUGAUUGCUCUCAUAGCUCUGCUGGUGGAGCAGUCCCGAUCUGAGAGACACUUGACUCUGUCUCAGAGUGACAUGGCGGCGCUGACCGGAGGAAAAGGUUUCCCCUUCCUCUUCCAGCACAUCAGAGACAGCAUCAACAUCAGACAGACCUGCAACCUCAUAUUCAGCCUCUGCAGAUACAACAACCGCCUGGCAGAACACAUUGUGUCAAUGCUGUUCACCUCCAUCGCUAAACUGACUCCAGAGGCGGCGAAUCCGUUCUUCAAGCUGCUGACGAUGCUGAUGGAGUUUGCUGCUGGUCCUCCAGGAAUGCCCUCGUUUGCGUCCUACAUCCUGCAGAGGAUCUGGGAGGUGAUCGAGUAUAACCCGUCUCAGUGUUUGGACUGGUUGGCCGUCCAGACUCCGCGUAAUAAGCUGGCUCACAGCUGGGUCCUGCAGAACAUGGAGAACUGGGUGGAGAGGUUUCUGCUGGCGCACAACUACCCACGAGUCCGAACAUCGGCGGCGUAUCUGCUGGUGUCUCUUAUCCCGAGCAACUCCUUCCGUCAGAUGUUCCGCUCCACGCGCUCUCUUCACAUCCCCACGCGGGACCUCCCGCUGAGUCCCGACACCACCGUGGUUCUGCACCAGGUCUACAAUCUGCUGCUGGGCCUGCUGGGCCGGGCCAAGCUCUACGUGGACGUGCCGGUGCACGGGACCACCAAACUGGUGCAGUACUUCAGCUUCAUGACAUACUGCCUCAUCUCCAAAACCGAGAAGCUCAUGUUCUCCAGCUACUUCAUGGACCUCUGGAACCUCUUCCAGCCUAAGUUAUCAGAACCGGCCAUCGCCACGAAUCACAACAAGCAAGCGCUUCUGUCCUUCUGGUAUAACGUCUGCGUGGACUGCAGCGAGAACGUGCGUCUCAUCGUCCAAAACCCCGUUGUCACUAAAAACAUCGCCUUCAACUACAUCCUGGCCGAUCACGAUGAUCAGGAGGUGGUGCUGUUCAACCGCGGGAUGCUGCCGGCAUACUACGCCAUCCUGCGCAUGUGCUGCGAGCAGUCACCCGCCUUCACCCGCCAGCUGGCGUCUCACCAGAACAUACAGUGGGCCUUCAAAAACCUCACGCCCCACGCCAGCCAGUACCCAGGGGCUGUGGAGGAGUUGUUUAACCUGAUGCAGCUGUUUGUGGCUCAGAGGCCUGAUAUGAGAGAAGAAGAGCUGGAGGACGUGAAGCAGUUCAAGAAGACCACCAUCAGCUGUUACCUGCGCUGUCUAGAUGGGCGCUCCUGCUGGACCACUCUCAUCAGUGCCUUCCGUAUACUGCUGGAGAACGAUGAGGACAGACUGCUGGUGGUGUUCAACAGAGGACUCAUCCUCAUGACUGAGUCCUUCAACACCCUGCACAUGAUGUACCAUGAGGCCACUGCGUGUCACGUGACAGGUGAUCUGGUGGAGCUGCUGUCCAUCUUCCUGUCUGUUUUAAAGGCAACGCGGCCCUACUUACAGCGCAAAGAUGUGAAGCAGGCGUUGAUCCAGUGGCAGGAGAGGAUUGAUUUUGCUCAUAAGCUGCUGACGCUGCUGAACUCUUACAGCCCACCAGAGCUACGCAACGCCUGUCUGGAUGUGCUGAAGGAGCUGGUGCUCUUGAGUCCUCAUGACUUCCUGCACACGCUCGUGCCCUUUCUGCAGCACAACCACUGCACCUACCACCACAGCAACAUCCCCAUGUCGUUUGGCCCGUACCUGCCCUGUAGAGAGAAUAUCAAGCUGAUGGGCGGCAAGAACAACAUUCGUCCUCCCAGACCGGAGCUCAACAUGUGCCUCCUCCCCUCGAUGGUGGAGACCAGUAAGGGUAAGGAUGAGGUGUAUGACAGGAUGUUGUUGGACUACUUCCUGUCGUAUCAUCAGUUCAUUCACCUGCUCUGUCGAGUCGCCAUCAACUGUGAGAAGUUCACAGAGACUCUGGUGAAACUCAGUGUGCUGAUAGCAUAUGAAGGACUUCCUCUACACUUGGCUCUCUUUCCAAAACUAUGGACAGAACUCGCUCAGUCUCAGUGUACGAUGGCUCAGUCGUGUGUGAAGCUGCUGUGUGAGGAUCCGGCAUUUGGAGAAUACAUGAAAUGCAUCCUGAUGGAUGAGAGAAACUUCCUCAACAACAACAUCGCCUACUCCUUCCUCACCUGCUUCUUGCAUAAAGUGCAGGUGCAGGUGUUAUCAGGCCAGAGCUGCUCGAAUCUCGUCAACGUGUUGGUGACCAACCUACUGAACGAGUACCACAGCCUGCAGCCUGAGCUGACCAAUCAGAGAGCAGAGAUGAGCAAGACCAGCAGCCUCCUGAACGCAGAUCUGCGUGCGCUGUUGCUGGUGCUGUCGGUUUACGCCCCUCAACAGUUGGACCCUGCUUUAGGCCCGGCUCUACAGGAGCUGCUGUCAAAAUGCAGACUGUGUCUGCAGCACCGCACCACAUUAGAGAUGGAGGCCAAGGAACGCAAAGUCAAAGUGGAAGAGGAAGGCGUCACUCCAGUGAAGCGCCGGCGGGUGAGCAGCAGUGCAGAGGAUCGGCCGGCAGACGGCGGCAGCAGCAUUUGCCCUCCAUCUACUUCCUCCUCAUUGGCUCCCUGCUCGGAGCAGAAGGCGGAGCCAGGGGAGGCAUUGACGCCCACCAGCACUUCGGACACUGAAACCCGAGACUCCUCCCUCAUCGACCCUGGAGUGGAAAACGACCCUCCCUCUCCCGACAGCGGGUCCCUCGAGGAGAAGAAAAUGGACGUUUCUUCAUCAUCUUCCUCAUCUUCGUCGUCAUCCUCCUCCCUUCCUGAAGCGUUCGGCCGAACAGAUGAACCUCCACCGCAGCUAGCUGGACGAGAGGAGGAGGAAGAGGAGGAUGGGCGGAAGGAAGCGCAAGAGCAGGAGGCGGAGCCAGAGCGCGAGGAAAUGCCCUCUACUUCCUCUUCCUCUGCCGACUCGGUGCUUUUACUCUCCAGCCUGCCGGAUUCUGCUGAGGGGAGGAGUCAGGAGGCGGAGUCAGGCGGGUGUGGCCACGCCCUCAUGCAGGAUGCUCUGGAGAUGCUGUCGCGCACAGUUGAGGCCACUAUCGCUGUGGUUGCCAAACUUUCGAACGGGAAAGGAGGGACACGCGCCUCAGCUUUGUGAUGUUACCUUCACGUCGCUCCUUUUUCACAUUUCACGUUUUUCCGUUCGUCAUGCUGUUCAGUUUUGUCUUUUUACGAGUAACUGAAGUCCAACUUUUUUUUUCUUUUCCCACCCUUUGGCCUCGCUCUUCAUCUGUUUCGUGUUGCAACACAAAAAGUUCUUUUUCCGGUUCCAGAAAACUGAGCUCCGCAUUAAUUGAACAGAACGAAAAACCAACUGGAGCAUCUUUUUGUCAAAGGGCAGUUUUUUUCUUUUUUAAAUCGUGAUUUUGUUGGUUUCUUUGUUUUGAAGUGGUUUGUUUUCGAGGCUGCAGUGAAACAGGGAAAAGGUUUACAACGUUUUAGUCCCGUCAGUGCAUAAUUUAAUUUGCGUUUUUAUUCACGUGUAUUAUUAUUAUUACGAUUGUCUUCUGUGCCAGUUUUGUACUUAACAGAUGUGAGGCUGAGAAGGCCUUGCUGUUUUUUUUCUCUGUGGUGGAUAUCAAAAACUAUGUUUACUUUGUAUAUUGAAAAGAAAGAACGAACCACAAGAACCUUGAUUCUGUAAAGAAUCUUCUAGAUGUUGCCUGGCUUUGUAAAUGAGAUGGUUAAAAAAAAAAAUAUAUAUAUAUAUAUAUAUAUAUAAACAUAAAUAUAUAUAUAUAUAUAUAUUUCUGUAAGAUAUAUGUAUACAGUAUAUAUCCAUUCAAGCGCAGUAUACUGUAUAUAUAAAUCUACUGUGUAUAUAUAUACCUACGUUGUGUAUAUAGAAACUUACGGUGCUCUUUUCAGGCUCAGAACAUUUGUGGCUGGAAUAUUGCACAUUUGAUGGAACAGUUGGAGCUCUAUUUUAUUUACCGAAAUACAUUCCAUAAUCUAUUGGAUGUCAUUCUUGCGUUCUCUGUAUUUGAUUUAUCUCUCAGUCUUUCUGUUUUGUUUUAUUUUAAUAUAGGAUAUAACUUAAUAAAAU